AUGAAAUUCUUUUUUCCUUUUCUAUCAAUAUUUUUCUUUUCUUUUUUUUAUGAAAUUCUUUUUCCUUUUCUAUCAAUAUUUUCUUUUCUUUUUUAUGAAAUUCUUUUUUCCUUUUCUAUCAAUAUUUUUCUUUUUCUUUUUUAUGAAAUUCUUUUUUCCUUUUCUAUCAAUAUUUUUCUUUUUCUUUUUUAUGAAAUUCUUUUUUCCUUUUCUAUCAAUAUUUUUAUUUUUCUUUUUUUUUUUUUUUUUUUUAUGAAAUUCUUUUUUCCUUUUCUAUCAAUAUUUUUUCUUUUUCUUUUUAUGAAAUUCUUUUUUCCUUUUCUAUCAAUAUUUUUCUUUUUCUUUUUUAUGAAAUUCUUUUUUCCUUUUCUAUCAAUAUUUUUCUUUUUUUUUUUUAUGAAAUUCUUUUUUCCUUUUCUAUCAAUAUUUUUCUUUUUCUUUUUUAUGAAAUUCUUUUUUCCUUUUCUAUCAAUAUUUUUCUUUUUUUUUUUUUUAUCUAAAUAUUUUUUUUUUUUUCUUCAUUUAUUUUUUCUUUUUUUUUAUGAAAUUCUUUUUCCUUUUCUAUCAAUAUUUUUCUUUUUCUUUUUUUUUCUUUUCCUUUUCUAUCAAUAUUUUUCUUUUUCUUUUUUUGAAAUUCUUUUUCCUUUUCUAUCAAUAUUUUUCUUUUUUUUUUUUAUGAAAUUCUUUUUUCCUUUUCUAUCAAUAUUUUCUUUUCUUUUUUAUGAAAUUCUUUUUCCUUUUCUAUCAAUAUUUUUUCUUUUUUUUUUAUGA